AUCAUUCCAGUAGGGCAUCGUUUUAUCAAGCAUCUGUAUAACAGAGACGAAUCCAAUAUGGACAAAAGACGCGAAAUUCCCGGACUUCCACCGGGCUGGAUUCGCGAGGAAUGCAUCCGACAGUGUGGUUUGUCCUCGGGUCGAACAGAUGUCUAUUAUAUAAGUCCGGAUGGCAUGAAAAUACGAAGCAAACCUCAGCUUGCCAAGUACCUUGGAGAAAAUUUUGAUCUGAGUGCAUUUGACUUUAGGGCAGGAAAAGUAAUAAACAAUUCCCUUAAAAAAAGUAAGGGACAAAAAAGAACGUCGUAUGACUAUGCAAGAGGGAUGAGACAUGAUGCCAAUCUAGCCCUACCAAUCAGACAGACGGCUUCAAUAUUCAAGCAGCCAGUAACGGUGAUCAGAAAUCAUACUGACAGUGUGACCAAAACAGACCUGAAGCAUGGGCCACAAGAACAACCAAAACAGCUGUUCUGGGAGAAGAGGCUGCAUGGUUUAAGGGCCAGUGACAGUGCUGAGGAACUCAUGUUGAGCCUGGACCUGCCCAAAAGCAUACAGGGUAUUGGACCGGAGCUGACUACAGAGAACAUCCUGCAGAGCAUAUCAGCGGCCCUUCAUCUGAGCACUAUACCGGUGGUGGGCCAGCAGUCCCAGAAACACAACCUGCAGAAGAACCCAGGGGUCCACAUGGACGUUACUCAGCCACAUAUACAGCAAGUUGUUGUGUCAGACGAAGAUAUCCAGAAACAGGAAUCCAAGGUUCAAGAAGCCAGAAGGAAACUGCAAGAGUGGAUGAAGUGAUUGACACAUGUCAACUGACUAUCUGGUGUUUCAUAUUGUGCUACACUUAAAGCUUGUACAGGAAUAGAUGAAGUAAUCAUCUUAACCUAAUAACAAUGAACAUUGGUCUUGCGCCAUGGAGUAGCAGUUUUUAUUUAGGAACAAUGAAUAUAGGUACUACUGUAGUGAUUCCUGGGGCUGUUGUCAUAGAUACACACCAGUUUGGGUAAUUGCCCUUUUCCAAUUGGCGGGAAGUAAGGGUUUUCUGUUGUUGGACAAGUACAAUUUUGCCUGUCUUUUGGUCCAUUGACAGGUAUAGUGUGAAAAUGCUGGAAUAAUGUUAAUUAUAUAUAAUCAUAUUAUUUUAUGUUCAUGUUUUUCAUGAAAAAUAUCAAACUGUUUUUCGUUUAUCAUUUAUGAUUUAUUCCAAUUUGAUUCUUGCAGAAAUUCCAUUAAACAAAAAUCAUAAUUACUUUCAUAAAACUACUUAUGAACAACACAAAAAAGAAGUUCCAAAUUUAAUUUAACAGAUUUAAUUAUACAAAUUUAAGAAUCAAAAUAAUAUGUGCAUUUAAGUUAUAUGCAUGUAUCUGUCUUGUGCAAAUAUGGGGUUAAACAACUAGGGUCAACACCCUCAUUCUUUGAUUUUUACACACACAUUUAUUGAAAAUAAUCCAUAUUAAAUAGACACUUUUUAUCUUAAAGGGAUCUUUUCACGCUUUGGUAAAUUGACAAAAUUGAAAAAAGUUGUUUCAGAUUCGCAAAUUUUCGUUUUAGUUAUGAUAUUUGUGAGGAAACAGUAAUACUGAACAUUUACCAUGCUCUAAUAUAGCCAUUAUAUGCAUCUUUUGACGAUUAUAAAACCUAAAAAUUAUAAAGCGUUGCAACGCGAAACGAUUGAAUAAUUUGGAGAGUUCUGUUUUUGUCGUUAAAUUUUGUAUAACUACGAAGAUUGCUUAUAUAAGGUAUAAAAUACGUCAAAUAUGUGUACUCGGCGGAAUAGCUCAGUAGGCUAAAGCGUUUUUACUUCAGGACUCUGGCAGGACUCCAGGGGUCACUGGUUCGAAACCUGAUCCGGGCAAUGUUCUUUUCCUUUUUUUAAUUUCAUUCUUGAUUUUUUACUGGAGCUUUUACGAUCCAAUGUUUACAUUUACCAAUAUAAAGCAUUUAAUGAAUAAGUUAAAAAAUGUCAAAAUCUGUGAAAAGGCCCCUUUAAUUUUAUCUGAAAGCCUGCAUUUAAUUUAGUUAAUUGAUUUUGACAAGUUCCUAUAGUUUGGGGACUAGGAGAGCUGCAUCAUACAAAAAUGGGUCUUAGUGAAGCUCCAGAUCAGCCUGCACAUUUGGGCAGCAUGAUCUGGAGCUACCUUGUCAUCUUAUGACGCUACAAAAUCUUUUUAAACUAAACAGUGGACAGCCAAGCUGCUGUCCAUGCUGCCCAUAAGACACAUUUUCGCAUACUGCAGCUCAUCGGAUGUUCUCUUAUGUUUGGACAAGUAACAGUUUGGAUUUUUCCACUAGCUUUAUAGCUGAUUAUUCUAAACUAAGCUUAUGUAUAACUAGAGACUGUGGGGUCAGUCUGAUUUGUCCAUGUCAUUUAACAAAAUUCAGAUUUACUGUUGAUCAGUUAACUUGUUCUGAUAAAUUAAUAGUAAACCCAUUAGAGUAAAUUGUUAUUAAACAAUUAUUAUUACAGUUCUUGAACAUUUUACUAAAAAAAAACACAAAUAUUAAAUUUAUAUUUAGAUUUUGAGGCGAUGUUUAUUUUUUUGGAUGCACAUUCACGAAUGUUUAAUUCUCUGAAACAACACAACUAACUUUUCACCUCAUAUGUAUUGUAACUUGUAACUAUGUUGUUGAUGUUUUUAAUAAAGUAAUGAAACUUUCAUUAAUGUUAUGUUUGUUUUAUACAACUGGUUAGGUAAAUAUUUAGAUUCCUCCAAAAAAGUGAAAAUAUCUUUUUUAUUUAAUUCGGACAUUUUCACAUUAUCGUACACUAUUUUUCCCUUUGUGUUUUGGACAAUUCUAGCGUCUUGAAUAUGCCUUUGAAAUUACCGGUAUUAACAUCACUAAUAGAUGACAUACCAAGUUUCUGUAAGAGACCUUUCUAAUUGUACAAGCCUUCUUCAUUUUAUGUCUUAUUAUUAUGUAAGACAUCUUGUAAGUGUGUAACUGUUUUAUUUUACAACUCAUUGAGAUGUUAUUGUGUACAUAAGUGUCAUGUAAUAUUAAAUUUAUUGAUUGAAAAAAAAUCGAUAAAUGUUGACAUGCAUGUCAAAAAUAUGAAUAAAUAAUUAAUGAAAGCAAA